AUGGCUGGCUGUUUUGCCUUUGGAGAGGAAAACAUACAUAGUGUCAAUAUAGAGAGGCCGGAACAGCCAUCUGCAUACGCGUCCAGCGCAAGGCGCAUACCAACGUCUAAAACCGUUGCAGUGCUCCAACUGACAUUCACACAGUGCAAGACCGACGCUGGUGAUUUGACCCCAUUUCGUCGUGUGAUAGUUGAAGAAGCACUAGCCACCCUGAAACUACGUAGUAAUUAA